AUGCCUACAUGUGACGAGGGUAAUGAACACAGCAGCACACAGUACAUCGAGGCUGUGACCACAAUUUUGCCCGGAAGCGACUACGAGCGCUAUCUCCGCCAUUAUCAUGGCUCUGCAACGAGAGAGGACGAGUGGGAUACCCACCCGGACUACGGUACUUCUUGUCAUUAUCCUGGCGAGGCAUUACGAGGAUGCCCCGCACUGAAAAAGCUGAUUAUUGAGAUCGACUACUCGAAAAUCCAACACCGAAAGGUGGACCCAUCUGUGUAUGGGGGCCACGAGAGUAACAGACGAGCCAAGUUUUACCGAGAAAUUGCAACUUUUCUUAAGCUACUCGCAGAGACAAGUGACGAAGAAUUGGGCGUGGCGUCGAACCCCGUUUUGAUUCUUACCAACCCGUACAAAUCCAAAGUGAGACAGGAUUGGUGUGAGGAAUACAUGCGCGAUGAACUAUUGCCGCUGUUAAGGGCUGUUGCUGAAAAUCAUCCGUCGCUGACAAUCCAAGUGCCGAUGCUAAGCGAGGCUUUGGUCGUAGAUUAG